GAGUCGCGGUCUCCGGGAUACGGCGCGGCGGCCGCUCGUCGGGGCCUGAGGGAGCUGCCGCCUCGCUGCGGCCCGGCCCGGGAUGGCCGCAGUCGCUCGGGCGCGGAGGGCGCCCGCGGGGGGAGGGCAGGGACACAGCGAUGCUCUCCACAGGACAACCCCCGCGGCCGGGCGCGGCGGCCUCCCAAGCUCCCUUAGUGACCUGUCUGUGGAGGACUCGGAGCUGGAGAAUACUGGAAAAACGCCGUUCCCUCGCAGCAGAUUCCUGAAGGCGCAAACUGGGCAGGGAAACAGGUGGUACCAGCCGUCCGGAAGCACCGUGGCGGCCGCGGGCAGGCACCCGGCACAAGGCGCCCUGGGUAGCACCUCCCACGCACGAUCGAGCACUGCCCUGAAGAAGGUGGCACAGCUAGAAAGCAAAAUCAUGAAUCGGAAAAAGCAGAUGGACUUGCGAAACAGUGAGUUGGGCCAGAAGCCUUCAGAUGAGUGCUUUUCAUCUGCUUCCAGUCGUGAACACAGUGCAAGAGGCAACAAAUAUCGGAAGAACUAUGCUACAGCCUGUGAAAAUGUGGCCUCCAGUAAUGCCCAUCCUAAGGAAGAUGAAAGCAUCCAGAAAUCUAAAGAGAAUGUGGCGAUUAAACAACAGCUUGUUGUGGAUAGUGAUGAAGAGGAAAUGAGAGAAUUGAUGGAGAGCUCCUUGGAGCUUUCCAGUAGAAAUGAGAAUCAGAGGGUACCUGUAAAUGAUUCUAAACAGGUGGGAAAGAGUGAGACUACAGUGUCAUCAAGAAUACCUCUUCCAUCUCAUAAGGAAAGUUCUCUGACAAAGAUAUCUAAAGCACCUUCUUUUCGCAGGAAAGACUCAGAAAAAAACAUUUUUCUUGGAGUUAAUUCACUAAUCCCUUCACCAACCAGUAGAAACUUGUCAGGACUAAAUAAUGUGAGAUCUCAAUCACUGUCUUCUUCCAUGAAGGACAAUUCUGCAGAGAUUACACUGCCCAGAACAGGCAACAUCAAGCAAAGCCACAUAUCACUUGGAAGUGAUGGAAGUAAAAUAAAGUCAUUAGAUGAGUUAUUUUCAAAGGCAGAAGAUUCAACGAGCCGAAGUUCAAAUGACUUCAGAGUGAAUAUCCUGAGCCUUGAUGACUUGGCAUCAGAUAUCCCCAGUGAGACACCAGAAUUAAAGCAGAAAAGGACAGACAUUCAAAUUGUCCAAAAAUCAAAGGGAGACCCCCCAAAAGAUACAUUCCAAGUGAAAAAUGACCAAACAUCCCUUAAAACGACAAGUGCAGUAACUGGUAUGAAUGAUGUAUCUGAAGGGAUUAUUGAAAGAAUCGUGACUGAAGCUGAAAUCUCUGAGCAUUUAAGUGGAGUUUCUGCAGAUUUUCCUAGACACAGACAAGAUUAUGUUGAUCACGACAACAGAACUAUUAAUUCAGAAUAUUCUGAAGACUUUGAAAAGUCCCUGUCUGAAACAGACAGUGAAUCUGUAUCGAAAACGUCAGAGGAACAACCUAAGAGUUGCACGUAUUCUGGAAAAGACCCAUCUUCUUCAGCAUUGUCGCCUUUAUUUGCCAGAGAGAGGCAUGACCAGGUACACAGAGUAACUGUAAGGGAAACUGCAGUUCAGACGGUUGAUUCUCCAUUUACGUAUUGCUGGUCAAAGACAAACAAUUCUGCAGUGCUUGGCCCACCUGUAGGAAAUGGCUACAUUGAUCCAGUACCUAUCGCUAGUCACGUCAUCAGCAUGGAUACAGUAGAAGCCUUGACAGCAUACAGUCCGUCAGUUCUUGUUUUAAAUGACAUGUUAAAACAGCACUUGAUGUUGACUCAACAGUUUGUAGAGAACAUCCACCACCUUCACUUAUCCCUUGUGGCUUCAUUAGAGAACGAGCAGUUCCACUAUCAUACACUGGAAGAGGCUAAAGAGUACAUCAAGAAUCACAAAUCCCCACCUUUAACAAUUGAGCAAGCACUCCAAGAAAUUGAGAAAGCACAGGAGCAGAAACUGCUUUGACUCUUCCUUUGUGAAUUUUAACUAGAAUUUAAUUUACAAAUCUCAAGGUGGUACAAGAAACCCUUUCAAAAUGUACAGAUUAAAAAGAAAAAAAGCAAACUA